UUGGUCAAUGGGUUCGAUGUGUCAUUACGCGACUAGAAAGUAGCGAUGAUAAAAUAAAAAAUAAGCAAAUUGAACUAAGUUUAAUUCCGAAACUUGUUAAUAGUGAUAUUGUUUCUACCGACAUUUCAAAAGGCAUGAUAUUAUCUGCGUCAGUUGAAAGUAGAGAAGACCAUGGCUAUGUUCUCUCAAUUGGAAUGAGUGGAAUAAAUGUAUUUUUGCACAAUAAGGAAGCUUCAAACUAUGAAUCAAAGUUCAACGAUGGUCGUCCACUUAUUGUGGGUCAAUUAUUAAAUGUUUGUGUUAUAAGCACAGCUGAUAAAAAUCUAAUAAUUCAAGUAACUGCCAAUCCGGAUGUUGUUUCAACCGAGACUUUGUCUGAUAAAAUUGUAAAAAAUAUAAGUUCUCUUGCUCCCGGAAAUUUGAUCAAAGUGCGCAUUGAUCAAGUACUCACUAAUGGCUUAGUAUGUAAAUACAACGGAAUAAAGUGUGAAGUUGAUUUAUUACACCUUGGGAAAGUAGCGACUUCAAAUACUCAGGAUCUACAUAAAGUCUUUAAUGAAGGUGACGAAAUUACUGCAAGAAUUGUUUAUAUAUCAUUAUCAAAUGAAGCAAAAACUAUUAGAUUGUCCCUUGAACCACAUGUUCUUCAACUUGAACCAUCUAGAAAUGUAUUUCCGAUUGGUGUUCAACUAGGAGAGGUU